AUGAACAUUCCAACGGAAUCGUCAUAUAUAUUAUUUUUUCAAGUACUUUUCCCAUUUUUGAUUGCUGGUUUUGGUAUGGUAAUUGCAGGGAUCAUUCUUGAUACAGUUCAGCAUUGGCAACUUUUUAUCCAGGUUCCUGAAACUUUUAUUCUUGUUCCAGCUUUACUAGGUUUGAAGGGGAAUCUGGAAAUGACUUUAGCAUCGCGUCUAUCAACAUUAGCAAAUACAGGGCAUUUCGAUUCUGUAAACGGCAGUUGGGCUAUUAUCACGAGCAAUUUGGCCUUAAUUCAAGUGCAGGCAAUUGUUGUUGCCUUUUUGGCGUCUGGAUUCGCUGCAAUUCUUGCUUGGAUACCUAAAGGACAAAUUGAUUGGGCUCAUGUUUCUCUACUUUGUGCCAGUAGUUUAACGACCGCUUCUGUUGCAUCGUUGUUAUUGAGUUUGUUAAUGAUUGUUAUUGUAUUAUUAUCACGUAAAGCUAAUAUAAAUCCGGAUAAUGUUACUACACCUAUUGCUGCAUCAUUAGGAGAUUUAACUACUUUGGCCGUUUUGUCAAUAUUUGGGUCAUUGUUUCUUAAUGCCCACAUAACUGAAUCAUGGCUUAAUGUGAUAGUUAUUGCAUUAUUUCUUCUUAUCGCUCCGUUAUGGGCUCUUAUAGCUCGUCAUGACCGUAGCACGACAGAUGUACUGGAAAAUGGUUGGUCACCAAUUAUUUUUAGUAUGCUAAUUAGUUGUACUGGUGGUUUCAUUCUUGAAGCAGCUAUUAAAAAAUUCCAGAAAAUCGCUUUGUUUCAACCAGUAAUGAAUGGAGUUGGAGGUAAUUUGGCUGCUGUUCAGGCUAGUCGAGCUAGUACUUUUUAUCAUCAAACUAGCCAGCUCGGAUAUUUACCAUUUGGAUGGCAAUUAAGAAGAUUUACAAGUUUUAAAAGAUCCUUUUUCUCGUCAGAUUGCGAUUCGCGCUCAGCUCGAGUCCUUUUAUUGCUGGUUGUACCGGGUCACAUGAUAUUUAAUUGGCUUCUUCAAUCUCUUCAUGGUGGUGAUAAAUCUUCAUUUACUCCACUUUUUACAAGUUUAUAUUUGUUAGCAGCAUUAAUCCAGGUUAUAGUUCUGUUAUUUAUUUGCCAGUGGUUGGUGUCAUUUUUAUGGGUAUGUCAAAUCGAUCCAGAUAAUGCAGCUAUCCCUUAUUUAACAGCUUUGGGCGAUCUUUCUGGUACUUUUCUCUUAUUUGUUGCCUUCCUUAUAAUUAACUGGUUUAUAAAAUAUCAUAUACAUUAA